GAGGCUUCACUUGAGUAAGGAUUUUGAGCUGUUGACUCAGGGGACUGGCUACAAUGAUGCUUCGGGGAUAUUGAAGGAUGGUUUCUACAGGAUGCUUGCUGUGGUCAAUAAUGGCCAUGUCGUCGACGGUAAUUUCUCUGAUAAGUCAUCUCUGCUCAACGGAUUGCACGUUGUGAUUUCAUCGCCAAACGAUCAGUUACAAUAUGGCAUUGAUGAAUCCUACAAAUUAAGGGUCCCUUCGCCAGAAAAUCCAGCUUAUGCCCACCUUCAGGCAAACACAGUUUAUGGAGCUUUACAUGGGCUUCAGACACUCAGCCAGUUAUGCCAUUUUAACUAUAAAAGCAGAGUGAUUGAAGUUCAUAUGUCACCUUGGACAAUUACUGAUCAGCCAAGAUUUUCUUAUCGAGGCCUCUUAAUUGAUACAUCCCGUCACUAUCUUCCUUUGCCCGUCAUUAAGAAUGUUAUUGAUUCCAUGACCUAUGCAAAGCUGAAUGUAUUGCACUGGCACAUUGUAGAUACCCAAUCUUUCCCGUUGGAGAUACCUUCGUAUCCAAAGCUGUGGAAUGGUGCUUAUUCGGCCUCAGAACGAUAUACAAUAGCUGAUGCUGCUGAAAUUGUGAGUUAUGCCCAAGAACGAGGGAUUAAUGUAAUGGCUGAAUUGGAUGUCCCUGGGCAUGCACUCUCCUGGGGAGUCGGCUAUCCUGCUUUAUGGCCAUCAAGUAACUGUCAGCAGCCACUUGAUGUCAGUAAUGAAUUCACUUUUCAAGUGAUAGAUGGAAUUCUUUCAGAUUUCAGUAAGAUCUUUAAAUUUAAGUUUGUUCAUUUGGGAGGUGACGAAGUUAAUACAAGUUGCUGGACUGAUACUUCACACAUCAGCAAAUGGUUAAAGAAGCAUCACAUGAAUGAAUCCCAAGCUUAUCAGUAUUUUGUCUUGAGAGCUCAGAAUAUAGCUCUGUCCCAUGGAUAUGAAAUUGUUAACUGGGAGGAGACAUUCAACAACUUUGGCAAUAAAUUAAGCCGGAAAACUGUGGUGCACAACUGGCUCGGUGGUGGAGUUGCUGAGCAAGUGGUGGCAUCUGGAUUAAGGUGCAUUGUGAGCAACCAGGAUAAGUGGUACUUGGACCACUUGGACACCACCUGGCAGGAAUUCUAUAUGAAUGAACCACUCACAAAUAUUAAAAACUCCAAGCAACAGAAGUUAGUUAUUGGUGGUGAGGUAUGCAUGUGGGGUGAACACAUUGAUGGGUCAGAUAUAGAACAAACCAUAUGGCCACGUGCUGCAGCAGCUGCAGAGCGGCUAUGGACACCAUAUGACAAGCUUGCCAAGGAUGCAAGUGAAGUUACUGGAAGGUUGGCUUAUUUCAGAUGUUUACUGAAUCAAAGAGGAGUUGCUGCUGCUCCAUUAUCUGGACCAGGCCGAGUUGCCCCUUUUGAACCAGGUUCCUGCUACAUGCAAUAAGGAGCAGAAGCACUGGAACGACUCCUAGUUGUAAAAAGGCAAUUUGGCUGUAAAUUGAAAAAAGGCCCCAUUUUAAUGUACCUCAUACUGGUGAUGCAUCUCACCUGUUAAAGAUCAGGUAGUUUCCACCAGUUGCUUUCUUCAAUUUCUUCAAGAAAAAGUUAUUAUGUCUUUCUACAAUUGAAGCACAGCUUGAAAAUUCAACUAAAUGAAAAGAUCUUUUCAUC